AUGUACACACAGGCGCUCAAACUUCUACCCGACUUCAGCGCCAUGAAAACAGAUAUCGGCAAGAAGGAUCUGGACAAGGGCAACAAAGAACAAGGCCUGGAGGACCUUGAUAUGUCGGAACCAGCGGGGGCGGCUAUUGAACACGAAGUGGUGGUGUUGAGGAUCAGGAAUGAGUUGAGGGCAAGCUACAUCUUUUUUUGGAGGAAAUACAAGGGCCGCCACGAGAUGAUAGCUAACGUUGCACGGCGCUUUUUGUACAUUUGGUCGACGUCGUGUGAGGCUGAGCGUGUCUUCAACAAGGCCAGAUAUGUUACAUCGAACCGCAGGGCCAAUCUCAGUAUAUCCAAUCUUCGUUACAUCCUGUUCUCUAACAAUAUUACCAAGGUCUAA